AUGGUGAAUAAGUCCUUCAAAGACUGGGAUAUUUCCUUUGCUGAAUUUGCUUAUAACAGGUCUCCUACUUAUGCCACUGGUCACACACCUUUUGAGGUGAACUAUGGAGUAAAUCCUCUCAUGCUUAUUGAUCUAGUAGCUAUCCCGAAGGGUAAGGAGUUGCACUUUGAUGCAGCAACUCGAGCAAAGGAGAUGCAGAAGAUUCAUGAACAAGUGAAGACAAAGAUUGGGCAUGUCAAUGAACUUUACAAGAAAAAGGCAAACAAACAUCGCAAGAAGGCUCUGUUUGAACCAGGAGAUCUUGUAUGGUUGCACUUAAGGAAAGAAAGAUUUCCCUCAAAAAGAAAGAACAAGUUGAUGCCAAGGGGUGAUGGACCAUACAAGGUGUUAGAAAGAAUUGGAGAUAAUGCUUACAAGCUUGAAUUACCAGGAGAUUCAAAUGUUUCAGCAACUUUUUACAUUGGAGAUCUUUCCCCUUAUCUUGAAGAUGGACCACUCGAAGAAUUGAGGACAAUUUCUUCUCAACCCGGAGAGGUUGAUGCGGGUGCAGAGGUUGAUGCGGGUGCAUUUGAGUAUUCUGUUGGUCUAAAACAGGCCCAUUUACUGAGCCAGACUUGCAACAGGUCAGAUUUUGAGAUAGAGGCCAUAUUUGGGUUUAAGGUUGCUAGGGGAAAGAAUUUGGUCACAUGGCAAUCUAAUAGACUUUAUGAGAAAAGUUUUGAACAUUUGAAGAUUUCACUGAAGGAUAUACUGUCGGCUACAGAGGAAUUUGACUCAAAAUACAAAAUUGGGUCAGGUGGAUUUGCCACGGUGUACAAAGCCGAACUUGAGCAUUUUGUAAGUAAAAAUUCUUCAGCAAUAGAGGAGGGAGAUGCCAGUGACAUGCACAAGAUAUCCAACACUGUAGCAAUAAAAGUCAUCUCUAGUACAGCAAACGGCUUUGGAGAAAAAGGGUUUAUCGCAGAAGUUCAAAUGCUUAGCAAAUGUAAGCAUCCAAACGUAGUAUCUCUUCUUGGCUUUUGUGAUGAAAGUACUCAGAAAAUCCUUAUUUACGAGUAUGUUCCUAACGGAAGCCUUGAUAGUUAUUUGGAGCGCUCUUAUAGAAUGACUGAUCUUACUUGGGGGCGUCGUAUACAAAUAUGUCUUGAUAUCGCUCAUGGAUUGGAUUAUCUACAUUCGGGGUUGAAUGGCAACAAGAUCAUAAUACACCGUGAUAUAAAGAGUGCCAACAUUUUACUAGACGAUAACUUAAGGGCAAAGAUUGCUGACUUUGGGCUCUCUAGACUAUCGACUAUAAAUUCAAAAAAUAGCACCAUCAAUACCGAUAACAUAGCAGGCACAGACUUCUACUUGGAUCCAGCAUAUCAGAAGACAGGUAAUCUGAAGAAAGCAUCAGAUAUAUACUCUUUUGGGGUAGUUUUAUUUGAAAUUUUGUGUGGGACCUUGGCCUAUGAUAAAAUUUACACAAGCGGUACGGAUAAGGGUCUUCCAUCCAUAGCACGUCGACUCUUCAAAGAGGGAAAAUCAAAAGCAAUUGUCGAUCCUAGUAUAAAUGAAACAGAUGGAAGUAUUUUUUCGCAAAGUAGAGCAGAUCAAAAUUCUUUGGAUACAUUUAUAAAUAUCGCUAAUCAAUGUUUGAUGGAAACUCAAAAAGAGCGUCCAACAAUUAAAGAGGUCAUCAAAGAACUUGAAAAAGCGUUAAACUUUCAGAAUAAGAACCAGGACAACUACCAAGUUUUGCUUGAAGACAUAAAUUUGGCUACACAAAGCUUCAGCGAUUCCAAUUGCAUUGGAGAAGGAAAAUUCUGGAAGUUGUAUAAGGCAGAAGUUCCACAAGCAAUUUUUAAUGGUAAAGGAUGUACCGCCAUUGUUGCAAAGCGAUGGAACAAGUCUAGUCAAGGACAUCAGCUAUUUUAUAGAGAGCUUGAAUUUGUUUUCAAGAAUAAGCAUGAGAACGUCACUGCCCUGGUCGGGUAUUGUAUUGAAAUGGAAGAAAAAAUCAUUGUCUAUGAUCAUUCAUCAAAAGGAAGUCUAGAUAAGUAUUUGAAAGACACGAGUCUUACGUGGAUGGAACGCCUCAAGAUCUGCAUCGAUGUUGCGAGUGGAUUGGAAUCUUUUCACAUUAGCUGUGGGCCAGAAGAGACUGUGAUGAUGCAAGUUGAUAUUAAAAGUGGUAGCAUUUUAAUAGAUGGUGACCGGAAGGCAAAAGUUUCUAAUUUUGAGAUCAUUUUAUUAGAACAAUCUAAUUUGGAGUUGUCUGCAACGGCUGCAUUUAAACAAAAUACGGAAUCUGAUAUAUAUUCAUUAGGUGUACUCUUAGUUGAAUUGUUGUCUGGGAGAUUGGCGUCGGAAGAUCCAUCUAUGCCUUUAGGCCCUUUGGCUUUCCGCGAGUGGUCUAGUGAUGAGAUGGUGUUUGAGGGUAUAAAGGAUCAAAUCGAUACUCUUUCAUUUAGUGCAUUCACAGAUACUGUCGAUAGGUGCUUAAAGCAUAAUAAGUCAGAAGUAGGAGUCUUGGUAACGCGACUUAAAGAUGCAUUGGGAUAUCAAAAAGACAUAGAGGAAAGCAGAAGAGAGGUUUUGUUUUCAGACAUAAAAUUAACGAGUGAUAAGUGCAUUCAAGAAGGAAGAUAUUGGAAGCUUUAUGGGGCACAAAUUCCACAUGCUAAUGGAUUGAUCACCGUUUAUGCGAAGUGGUGGGAUAAUAAAUCACGUGAAUCACAUAAUCGAUUUUUCACAGAGCUUAGGAUUCUUUUGAAGUCUAAUGACAAGAAUGUCGUUGCUUUUGUAGGCUACUGUAAUAAUAUGAAUAAAAAAAUCAUUUUGUAUGAAUAUAUGUCUAACGGUAGUCUUGAUAAGCAUUUGGAUGAUGCUACUCUUGAUUGGAAAAAGCGUCUCAAUAUAUGUAUCGAUGUUGCAAAAGGGUUGCAAUAUCUUCACGAUAGUGAUGUAAUAGAAGGAACUAUUACUCCCGAAGAUUUCAAAAGUAGUAGCAUUCUGAUAGAUGGUUAUUGGAGGGGUAAAAUUGCUAACUUGGAGUGUUCUAUGAGGUCUGAUGAUGUGCAUUGGGAUAUAUGUACACUUGGUGUGAUUUUAUUGGAGAUGUUGUGCGGGAGAUUGGCAUUGCUAAAAGGAUGCGAGGAUUACUCUGUGUCUUUAGGCCAUAUGGCUACGACACAUUACCGUGAAAAUGGGGAUCUGUAUGAGUUAGUGUUUGAGGAUAUAAAGGAGGAAAUCAAUCUAGAGUCAUUGACCGUAUUUCAGGAAAUUGCCAUUCAAUGCUUCGAAACUUGGGAAACUUUGGUUCAGAUAAGAACAAGAGAUGUUCCCAAAAAAAAAGAAGCAAGAGAUGUGGUAAACCAAUUGGAAAAGGCGUUGGAAUUACAAAAAAACUUAGAAGCAAUCCCACAACUUUCACUUGAAGACAUAAAACAGGGGACACAAAACUUUAGUGAUGACAAGUGUGUUGCCAAAGGAUCAUACUGGAUGCUAUAUGAAGGAGAGUUUCUAGAUGCUAACGCAGAUGGAUAUACAACAUCUCUUGUGAAGCGAUGGGAUAAUAAGUCUCUUGAAGCGCGUUAUGAUUGGUUGGCAGAGCGUACUGCUCUUUCAAAGUAUAAGAACAACGAUUAUAUUGUAGGUAUUGAGGGCUACUGUAAUGAGAUGGAUGAAAAAAUAAUUGUUUAUGAGCAUGGCUAUAAUAGCAGUCUUGAUAAGCAUUUGGAUGAUGUUAGUCUUAGUUGGGGGAAACGCCUCAGAAUAUGCAUCAAUGUUGCAUUGGUAAUGCACUCAUCACAUAAGGAUGCUUUUUUGUAUAUAGACGUCAAAAGUGACAGCAUUCUAAUAGAUAGUGAUUGGAAGGGUAAAGUUUCAAUUUCGAAUUUGAGUUACUGGAGAAAGGAAUGGUUGGCAUAUGACGACACUAUAGAUGAACUUCUUGUUGUUUUACUGGAGAUACUGCGUGGGAAAUUGGAUAGGGGAGAUGAAUGCGAGAGUUAUUCUAAGUCAUUAAAAUCUUUGGCUGAAAAACACGACUUAUAUGCUGUAGCAAGAGAGCUUGAUGAGUCGGUGUUUGAGGGGAUGAAGGAAAAGAUUGCUCCAGAAUCGUUGAAUCUAUUUAUCAAGAUUGUCAGUGGUUGCUUAUAUUCGACAGUAAGCUGGAGCCCAGAAGAAAUGGUAUGUCGACUUUUGGAUGCAUGUAGAGAACAAGAAUACGUUGAGGAAAGCCCACAAAUUACACUAAAAGACAUAAAAUCCGCAACACAUAACUUCGGUGAUGAGAAGUGCAUUGGCGAGGGAAGAUACUGGAAGCUAUAUCAAGGACAAUUUCCACAUGCUAACGCUAAUAGACACACCACCGCACUUGUGAAACGAUGGGAUUGCAAGUCAAGUGAAGGCCGUCAACAAUUUUUUAGACAACUUCGAAUUCCUUUCUGGUUUAAGAAGAGUGAAAUUUUUGUUGCUGUUGAAGGCUAUUGUAGUGAAAAGGAUGAAAAAAUCAUAGUUUUUGAGCAUGCGUAUAACAGAAGUCUCGAUAAGCAUUUGGACGAUGCUAAUCUUAGUUGGACGAAACGCCUCAAUAUAUGCAUCAAUGUAGCAAGCAUAUUGGACUUGUUUCUUCAGAACACUCAAAGCACAUGCCGAUUUAAGAUACACGGAGACAUCAAAAGUAGUAGCAUUCUAAUAGAUGGCGAUUGGAACGCUAAAUUCUAUAACUUUGAGUUUUUUACACGGGAUGGAGAAUACGUAGGUGAUAGUCAAGCUGAUCACAACUCAUUGGGCUAUUUAAACCCAGAGGACGAAGAGUCAGGUAUGGAUAAAUGUAUACAUUCACUUGGUGUGGUUUUAUUGGAGAUAUUGUGUGGGAGAUUGGCGUUGCCCGAAGGAUGUGAAGAUCACUCUCGGUCGGCUCAGAGAUACUACAAGGAAAAAGGGAAUUUUGAUGAGCUUGUGUUUGAGGUUAUAAAAGAACAGAUCGCCCCAGAAUCAUUGAUUGUAUAUCAGAAGAUUGCUCUGAAAUGCAUAGAAGCAGAGUAUUGGCAGCCCGUUGCACAAGAGAUAGUAAAACAACUUAAGAAUGCAUUGGAAUUACAAGAGGUUUAUGAGAUGUACAACCUACCUAAAGAAUAUAAAGAAUAUAUUCGGAUGUCAACAAGUUCAGAGGCAUACUCAGCUGAAGUGAAAAAAGAUUUAUAUAACAUGCUCAUCAAAGGAAUCCCCCUUCAACAAGGCAAACUGUGGUUUACGCUCGGUGUUAAUGGAGAAAGAAAUGAAAUGAUAUCAGCAAUGACGUUUUCAUACAAAAAUCGCGCAUCACGCAUAUGGCAAUCCAUUCCGGAAUCAAGGUUUGAAAAAGUAGCGCAGAUGUGGGAUAUUUCUAAUUUGAAGAUCCAAAUCCGGAUAAAAACUCAAUUUUUAUCUCCAAGUAUCAACUAUGGGGUUUAUCUAGUCUUCAAGUUUUACCGUUCAAGAAAAUCUAGAGCUAAAAGGGAAUAUGUAAACCUAAGUUACAAAAGGGGGAAAGACAACUUCCAUGCAUAUUUCGCUACAUGUAGAGAUGAUGAGUGGAUGAUGAUUGAAUUGUGUCGUUUCUCUAGUGACAAGAAAGAUGUUGACUUUGAGGCUAUUUUGAAGAGCUUUUCACGAUGUUAUUGUGGUAGUCGCAUAAUCUAUGUUGAAGGCAUCGAGUUUCGAUCGAUAGACAAUGUUAAUCGUGAAAAAUUUGAGAAGCCAUCCUCAAAAAUCAAUGAGGUGCAUCAAUCUACGAUUGAAUGUCAGGGAACAUCCACUUUGGGAUAUGACAAGGAGGGUGAAAAGAUGUUCAACAUCAAUGAAUUAAAUCGAAAGAAAGAUCUUAGGCUUUCACCAAUGGAAUUCCUAUACGACUUUUGUAACAUGAAGCCUUUUGAUUCGAAACCCUCAUCCGUAUCAAGAUCCCAAAAGGUGGAGUUUUCAUCUCGACAAGUAUUUGGUAUCAAGUACAAGAUUGACAGUCAAAUGUUGUCACCAGAUACAGAUUACAUGUGCUACCUCGUAUUCAAAAUUUCAGAAAAAUGUAAGGGCUUGCACGGUCCGGUGAUAAUACGAGAUCUACUCAACUGGAAAAACAAAGAGCCUGGAAUUCUUUUUUUUAAAUCCCCAAGCCCAUGGAAUUUACAUGAUACUGAUUGGGUUCCAACAGCUAGAAAAGAUGGAUGGAUGGAGGUGACUGUGUGGAAAUUCAACUCAAAGUCUACGAUAAGAAAUGAUGGUGUUUCAAUGAAUCUAAAAUUAAUAACUUAUGAUGGAACCAUGUCAGGUCUUAUAGCAUCCGGUCUUGAGGUUCGACCCAUCUAGGAGAAUAUAUUAGAAGAUUUCACAUACCUACUAUAACAGAGGAAUGAGAUGUGAAUAGGACUUUUUUUUGUCUCUACUUGCAUUUUCAAUAUAAAUAAGAGAAUUAGCAAAUAUAACAAUAAAAGUGGAUGUAGUAGAGUGGUUGGUCUCUAUUCAUUUAGGGGUGGAGGUCUUAGGGUUCAACCCUUACCCCCUUACUUUUUUGUUUUUGGUUUUUUUAGUAGUAAAGUAUUUGUAUUUUAGCCC